AUGCUGCUGACCCUACUGCUACCCUUGUUCUGGAUGUUUAAAUGGGCAUCUGGAAAUUGCUUUCUUCUCCAUAGAGAGUCCAGAAAUACAUAUCCAUCUCUGUCACUGGGGUUACGGUUUGUGACGGUGCAGGAGGGCCUGUGUGUUCUCGUGCCCUGCACAUUCACUGAGUACCCCAUAAUCAUGCGGUCAGACCUCGUCUUUGGGUACUGGUUCCACGAACGGGAGACUACAGACCUUGAUUCUCUGGUGGCUACAAACAACCCAAACCAACUAGUGCAAAAGGAGACGCAGAGCCGAUUCCACCUCUCUAUGUACUGCUCCUUGGACAUCAGAGAUGCACAGAAGGGUGACAGUGGUUCUUACUUCUUCAGUCUGGAAACAGAAGGUGUAAAGUGGAACUACUGUGAAGAUAAGAUCUUUGUACAUGUGACAGACCUCACUUACACCCCCAACAUCAACAUCCCACAGACACUGGAACUUGGUCAUCCUACCGAUGUGAUGUGCUCUGUGCCCUGGGCUUGUGAACGGGGAACACCCCCCAUCUUCUCCUGGAUGUCAUCUGCCCUCAUAUCCCUGAGCCCCACGACCACCUUCUCCUCAGUGCUGACCCUCACUCCCAGGCUCCAGGACCAUGGAACCAACCUCACCUGUCAGGUGACCUUCCCUGGAGCUGGUGUGACUGUUCAAAAGACUGUCCAGAUCAAUGUCAUCUAUACUGCACAGAACUCCACAGUCCAUUUCUCUGGAAGAGACGGCCCAGGGAAACCAAGGCCCCUGGCAGAGGUGAUACAGGUAGCCAUGGGAGAAGCAGCUAUCAAAUUCCUACUUCUUGGGCUCUGCCUCUUUUUCCUCAGCCUGAGAUCCCAUAGGAAGAGAGUGGAGAGUCCAGCAACACACAUGGAUGAUGGAGACACUGUCAUGGAUUAGUCUCUCAGGAUGUGGAGAUAGCUGGCAUUACACCAUGGAUCCACCACACCCAAGUCAAGAGAGCCAUGGAUGAUGAUGACAACAGGACUGUUUCCAGACUACGGACCUACUAAAAAUUAAAUUUUUGUCUUGCUCUUCUACUCUCUACCCCUCUACAUCAUCUUAGGUCUUGCGUUUUACUCUAUGGGUGUGAAUAUAGGGUUAUGGUCUCACUCCCACAGUCCUCAGGCCUGUAACUAGGAACUGAGAAAGAUGGAUACAGGGAAAGUAUUAAUUAGUGUGACUACAGACCACCAACCCAUAAUCAUCUUGACCUCUGCUCACUGAUGCCCACUUUAAGUGUUUGGUUGUAUUGAAAAAAAAAAAAAAAAGAACGAUAUGGGAGUUUAUCUUUUGAGGUAGAAAUACAGAGUUUACAAUUCUAUGCAUCUCCUAAGGCUGAGCCCUUUAGUUACCAGGAACAAGAGAGAUCUGUUGCAAAAAUUGGGGUUAUGAGACUAAGGCUUCCUGAAAUUUCCUUUUAAAAAGAUUUUGGUCUUUGGAAAACCUGGGGAAAUCAGACUCUAUGCCACUGGAAGGGACAAAAUCUAUCAAGAGAUAGAGGUUACUAUUCCCAGCCAGAAAUCAGCCAAGAUUGAUAGUUAUCCUUAGGCACUCAGGCCCCAAACUACAUAAGAUAGGAAUGAGCCAGACUGUCACCCCAUUGACUUACAAAACUCACUGUGACUGGGACAGCCUUAAUUAACAUUAGAGAAUUUACAAGAGGCUAAAAUUUGUCUAAUACUCAAAAGAUGCCUGCCCUUCUGCCUUGUGAGGCCAGCCUGAGGUCUAGGACAGCCAGAGCUACACAGAGAAACCCCUGUCUCAAAAAAAAAAAAAAAA